UUGAUGAAUCACCUAAGCGAAUCUGAGCAAGCAAUGCUUAAGCGUCUGGCUGAGCAGGAGGGUCCGCAUUUCGGUCACCAGACGCGAGACGAGACCUCGUUUUCGGCGGAGGAGAAGGCUAGGUUGGCUGCUGACUUGCUUAGGCGCAAUCCUGGCGAGUUUCUCGCACGAUACUACAGAUUUCUUUGCUGGCCUGAGGAUGCCGAGUGCUUCCGUGACCUCUGGGACGACUACACCGUGCGGCACUAUCUCAAGGAGGUGGUCGGCAUUCCCUCCCCUUCGACUCCAACUGAUGCGAACACUAUGAAGGCGGAAUGCGAGGCUCUUCGACGAAAGAGAAAGCUGCGCGUCAAAAACCGGCGCUUGGUGUAUUUUUGGUUAGCUUUCUCCUUUGAGGCUUUACGUCGAAUGGAGGCGGAGGCAAAGGCAGAUCCAACGGAGGGCUUUUUCUCGUAUGAGCAGAUGCGCGAACGGGCACCGGAACUGUGGGAACAUAUGAUCGGUCGGUACCUCAGUGAUACGGACAGGCGUGCUCUUUUGGGUCACCAGUACGAGUCCUUUAGUGGUAUGCUCCUCUCCCAAUUGCUCGACACCGAACAGAGGCCCUACAGACGAAGUGACAAUCUCGAGGAGGAUCCCGAUGACUCUGAAGAUGCUGAAUCUAAUCAGGAUCGGUGGAACUCUCAAAAACCGAGAGUGGCCGAAGAGGGGGAACGCUCGCGACAGGAAUUUAGAGAGAUGAUGCAUUCCCAUUUCCUUGCUGGACUCGAUGAAGACUUCAACUACGAUGCCAUUGACAACGACUCAGCGCUUGAUGAUGAAAUGGAGGAGCUAGCUCAAGACGCAGAAGACGUCUACUUUGACUCCGAAAGUCCCUCCGCAGCCCCUCCCAAUGAUCAGUCGGACUUGGCAUACGACGAAGACUCCAGGAAAGAUCGUAUUUGA